UGUGCCGAUGCGCAGAGACUUGCUCUAUGGGUCUACUGUCAUUCAUUCACUUUCAACCAGACAUGGACAUCUAGAAAUAACCCGCUAUCCCUCUAUUCUAAAAUGACCUCUUUGCGGCCCCAGCCGACCGAGGCCGCAUUUUCCACCUCCAGCAACGGAUCGUCCAGCGCUCAAUAUACGCCGGUGUCUGAUGGAUCGGAAGAAGAACAUGUCCCAUCCAGCGCAGGUCGUCCACCACCUGGCUCGCUGAAGCUCCAGACGGAUCUUGAUACUGAUGAGGACCGUUUUUCCGAUGCUGGUAGCGACGAGGGCUACGAGUCUUAUAGCGAUGCGCGGCGUGGGUCCAACCAACCCGGUCUUCCAAAAUACACGAUGAUCGAGGAGAGGGAGGUCGUGAAGAAAUUUGAUCGCAAGCUUGUGCCGUUUCUAGCGUUGCUUUACAUGCUCUCGUUUUUGGAUCGAUCUAAUAUUGGAAAUGCAAAGAUUGCAGGUCUUAUGGAAGAUCUAAAGCUCUCUUCCUCUCAAUAUGAGUGGCUUCUUACCUCAUUUUACAUCACCUAUAUCCUGUUCGAAUGGAUGACACUUAUGUACCGCCUCGUGCCACCCCACAUCUACAUCGCACUCUGCGUAUGUGGAUGGGGCCUUGUUGCAACCUUCCAAUCUCUGGCUACUUCAUUUGGCGUCCUGGUUUUCUUGAGAGCUCUUUUUGGAAUCACAGAAGCGGCAUUUGGGCCUGGUGUGCCGUUCUAUCUAUCGCUUUUCUACAAACGCGAAGAGCUUGCGUUUCGAAACGGCCUCUUUAUUUCCGCGGCUCCCUUGGCUUCAUCAUUCGCGAGUAGUCUAGCUUGGCUGAUAGUCAAGCUGAGCAGUGAUGGUCCGAUUGCUCCCUGGCGCACUCUAUUUUUGGUCGAGGGAUUCCCGAGCGUCAUUGUUGCCGUUUUCGCCUGGUUACUGAUCCCCGAUUCUCCGGGAAGCGCUAGGUUCCUUGAUCCGCGUCAGAGAACCGUGGCAAAAUUGCGAAUGGGCGAGGGCAAAGCGGACUUUCAUGGACCGCGUCAAGGCAAAUUCAACUGGAAGGAAGUGGGAAAGACUCUAGCCGAUCCGAAAUCUUAUAUCGCAGCUUUCAUGUUCUUCAGCUGCAAUGUAGCCUUCAGUUCAAUGCCUGUGUUCCUUCCUACAAUCAUAGAAGACAUGGGCUAUUCCUCCCUCACAUCGCAAGCCCUCUCCGCCCCUCCCUAUCUCCUAGCCUUCAUCGCGGUGCUGGUCACCGCCUGGAUCUCCGACCGCAACCGCUCGCGCAGCCCCUACCUGAUCGCACACGCCGUGAUCUCCUCCGCCUCCUACCUCAUCAUUGCGCUCACCGGCCAUUUCCACGCGCACCUCCCCACCACCGCCCACAUCCUCAUCCGCUACAUCUGCGUCUACCCCGCCACGUCGGGCUUCUUCUCCGCCAUCACGCUGAUCAUGACCUGGACGAUGGACAACCGCGUCGCCAAGGAGGGCAAGGGCGCCAGCAUCGCCAUCCUCAACGUGAUUGGUCAGUGCGGUCCCCUCCUCGGCACACGGCUGUACCCUGCCAGUGAUAGGCCGUGGUACGUGCGCGGCAUGGCCACCUGCUCGUUCUUCAUGCUUGUGGUGGCUGUCUUGGCGUUUGCGCUGCGGGUGCUCUUGCAGCGGGCAAAUCGCACGGGGGAGCGGAACGGCCAGGAAGAUACGUUUGAAAUGCAGGGUGGUGGAGGUACUGCUGCUGCUGAGGAGAGUGAGGUGCUGAUGGGUGAUCGUGCGAGUCGAAGGGGUGUUACUUUAAGGUAUAAUGUGGAGGAGAAAUUUACUUAUAUUCUAUAGAUUCUACUUUUCUUUUGGCGCUUAUCACUUGGUUCUCAAUCUGGUUCCAAUAUUGGAUAUCACAUCGUGGUUGGUUAUUGAAAAUCCCAUGCUCAAAGUUUCCAACGGAAGAUAUCAGAAAUGGAUAAAUAAAUACAGAGACUAGGUCUGUCGAAUACAUUCAUCUUUGGCGAUCACGGAAAGACAAGGACACCGGUGAUACAGUAAAAGUGACCGUCUGACUGAUAAACCUCUCGGCCUCUCUCGUCUGGAAACUCCAUGUCAACUGA